AUGCCUCAAGCUCGCCGAAAAGUUCCCUACAGUGGCAAAAAGAAGAAGGAUCAAUUGCUACAAAAGCGGCAAUUGAAAGGCUCGCAAAAAUAUUUGCGUACACGCAGCGAUGAUGGUGAAACUACGGAGGACAAUGAAUUAACCGUACGCAAAUUAAUGAUGCGUUCCCAAGGAUCCGGUGGUGGGGGUAAUCGCAACGCCAAUCGUUACAAUUUGUGUUUCUACCAGGAAUCGAAAAAAGAAAUGGAACGUUUGAAGUUGGAGGGACUGAAACCCUAUGCUCCGGCCACACCAAAGCAGCGGGAAAUCGAUGCUAGUUUUUAUGAUGGUUAUGAUUUUCCAAUAAGACCCGAAUGGAAUUAUGAUAUGGAUAAGGCCACAUUGGAUCGCAAUGAAAAUAAAUAUUUUAGGGAAUAUGUUGAGCAUUUGCAGAAAAGGCAAAAGGAAGAGAACAAGGAAUUGUCCUUGUUUGAAUUGAAUUUGGAAACAUGGCGCCAAUUGUGGCGGGUAUUGGAACUAUCAGAUAUAUUACUGAUUAUUGUCGAUGUUCGUUAUUCGACCUUAAUGUUUCCACCAUCCUUGUAUGAUUACAUUGUAAAUAAGAUUGGUAAACAUGCCAUUUUGGUUUUAAACAAAGUUGAUCUUGUGGCCCCUGAAGUUGUGGUGGCAUGGCGUUCCUAUUUCAAGGAGACAUAUCCCGGUUUGCCAGUUGUUAUAUUUGCCUCAAAUCCUCAGCAAUCAAAGAAAGGAACCCAACAAAGCCGCCGUUUAAAUUAUAAACGUGGCAUUGAAGGUGUCUACAACAUCUUUAAGGAAUGCCAAAAAAUUGUUCAAUCUGAGGUAGACCUUACCGGUUGGGAACAAAAAAUUCUGGAAGAUAUGGAAACAGAUAAUGCAUUUCUGGAAACCGAAAACGACACGAUAGUAGAAAAGACUUCAGACGAAGCCGAAAGUACAAUGCCCCAUGAGAGUGAUGGUGAAAAACGUGAAAAAUACUAUAAAGGUAUAUUGACAUUAGGCUGCAUUGGUUUUCCUAAUGUUGGGAAAUCUUCCCUGAUUAAUGCCCUCAAAGGUCGCAAAGUGGUCAGUGUUAGCCGUACCCCCGGUCAUACAAAACAUUUCCAAACAAUAUUCCUCACGAAUUUGGUACGUCUUUGUGAUUGUCCAGGUUUGGUAUUCCCCUCCUCGACAUCGAAAUAUUUACAAGUCUUGCUGGGUAGUUUUCCCAUAUCCCAGCUGCAAGUUCCCUAUCGUUCCAUCCAGUUAAUGGCUGAACAUUUGGAUUUACCGAAAAUAUUAAAAAUACAUUUACCCGAAGAUUAUGAUGAAUGGUCACCGGUGGCCAUUUCUGAUGCAUGGGCAUUUAAACGUGGUUUCAUAGUAGCCAAAUCGGCAAGACCGGAUCGUUAUCGUGCAGCUAAUCACCUUUUAAGGUCCUGUGUUGCAGGUCAAUUACAAUUGAUCUUACAAUUCUAUCCACCCAAAUUCAAUGAACAAAAAGAAAUGUGGCUUCAACAUCCCGAUGUGGAAGAGGUUAAGAAAUAUCAAAAUCUACCCGAAACUGAAAAUGAAAAAGAAGAAGAUAUACAAGAUAAUGAUGAUACAUCUUCGGUUAAUUCGGAAAGUGCAUACGAAACCGAUGAAAAUAGUUCAUCCAAUGAUGAAACAAAUGCCGAUGAAGAUGAUGAAGCUGCUGAAAAUGCCUAUCUUGCUGGUCAGGCCUCUACAUCUCGUAAUGCUUUUGCCUUACUCGAAGAUGAUUAGAGAAAAAGA